CUCAGUCACUGAUGUUAAACAAGAUGAACAAAUACAGGAAGCAGAUGGCAGAGCAGUUCCUGAGUCAGGCCCUGGGCAUCAUUUGCCUACUGACCGGAGAGGAAUAUGUCAUUGUGAAGAAGAGGCCCUCCCACAGCAGCAUUCACCAGCUGAGAGGAGAGGUGCCUAUAAAGUGUGAUGAUGUUGCGAUGUAUUUCUCUAUGGAGGAGUGGGAGUAUAUAGAGGGACACAAGGAGCUUUACAGGGACGUCAUGAUGGAGACUCACCAAGCACUAAGAACUAUGGAGAUCCCAGGAAGUGAGAGCUCAGAAUUAACAGGUCACAGUGCUGAAAAUCUAGACACAGGAGCACAAGGAGAACGUGUACAGAAUAUUCAGCCAGUGGAGACCCCAUCAGACGUCUCUGCAGAUGACAUUAAUACUGACGUAGAUCUGAGUGUAACCUGUCAGCCGGAAGCUCCAAUGCAGGAAAUGUGUUACAGCGACAGUGCAGUUGAAAAUGAUGCUAAGAUUUCAUGUUACAUGGGACAAACAGAAGAUCAGUGUCUAAGAAAUAUAACAGUAGCUGCAGAGCAGGAACUAUGUGCCAAUAUAAGUACAGGUGAAUUUACAAACUGUAAUAAUCCUAGUCAAGAUCAGAGUGCAGAUGCUUCUUUACAUCUUCGAAAUCAAAGAAGCCACGUGGGAAAUCAACAUUACACCCCUGACCCUGCAGCUGCUCUGUCAUACCCACACCACACCCCUGAUCCUGCAACUGCUCUGUCAUCCUCAUAUCAACAUUACACCCCUGACCCUGCAGCUGCUCUGUUAUACUUACACCACACCCCUGAUCCUGCAACUGCUCUGUCAUCCUCAUAUCAACAUUACACCCCUGACCCUGCAGCUGCUCUGUCAUACCCACACCACACCCCUGAUCCUGCAACUGCUCUGUCAUCCUCAUAUCAACAUUACACCCCUGACCCUGCAGCUGCUCUGUUAUACUUACACCACACCCCUGAUCCUGCAACUGCUCUGUCAUCCUCAUAUCAACAUUACACCCCUGACCCUGCAGCUGCUCUGUCAUACCCACACCACACCCCUGAUCAUGCAACUGCUCUGUCAUCCUCAUAG